AAUACACGACAGUUUCAGUUGUGUUUUUACCCGGUGCAGUCAUCAGAACUAUUUUAAUUAAAAUAAUAAAAAGAUGACCAAAGUAAUUUUAGGUUUUUUCCUUUGUCUUGCUUGGACAUUGAGUGCUGCUUGUGGACUAACUAUAGUUUCAAGAGCAGAUUGGCACGGUCAAGAACCGGAUGGAGAGAUUGAUAAUCUAAAAUCUCCAGUAAACAAGGUCAUAAUCAGUCAUACAGCAUCAGGAUCCUGCAAUAACAGGGCAUCCUGUGAUCAUAAGGUGAAAAGUAUUCAAAAACAACAAAUGGAUGUAAUGGGCUUUAGCGACAUUGCAUACAAUUUUCUUAUCGGAAACGAUGGCAACGUGUAUGAGGGAAGAGGUUGGAACAAAGUUGGAGCACAUACUAGGGGUCAUAAUACUGAUAGCAUUGGUAUAUCAUUCAUUGGAAUUUUCGAUUCUGAAGCACCAAGUGAAGAUGCACUUAAUAUUGCAAAAGAAUUAAUUGCUGAAGGUGUUCGCAAUGGAAAAUUAUCAGCAAACUACAAACUAUUUGGUCAUAGGCAAUUCAGUUCUACAAAUAGUCCAGGGGAUUCACUGUAUGCAAUAAUUAAAAAAUGGCCCCAAUGGAGUAGAGGCAAUCGAUAAAAAUUAUAUAGAUACGUGUCAUAAUAUAUCGUAAUAAAUGAAUGUGUAAUAGUUUGUAUUUCUUUGUUUGGAAAUAAACAAAUUCUAUUCAUAUGUGAUAAAAAUGAA